AUGCUCUCAAGAGUAGCGAGACGCUCCAUAUCCACCUCUAGAGGUCCUCGCGGCCCUCGAGGUAUUCUCAACAAGGGCCGAACGCCAUCUCGAAUCACACCUCGGCCAUCAAGAGCCUCGCCAUUGUCUGCGAACAGCCGCCACCAGUCCUCACAGCAGCCAAAUCAGCAGAACAAUACCAAUCAAGACGCUCAACAGACACCUGACGAGCCCUCCAAAAACGCCCUCGUUGCUUCAGCACUAGCCGAGAAGCAGUCGUCAGAUCUGGUUGCGCCAGUGACCAUUCCAGACGAUCCGAAUGGGGUACUCACUCCAGAUCACCCAGCAUGGGAUCUUCUUAACAACAGCUCCUUGGUCAUACAACGACAGAUAGAAAUGAUGAACGUCUUUCUCGGAUUCGAACAGGCCAACAGAUACGUCAUCAUGAACGGCAAGGGAGAAACAAUCGGAUACAUGGCUGAGCAAGAUCACGGUAUGGGAAGCAUGCUAGGCCGUCAAAUGUUCAAGACUCACCGAAGUUUUACCUGCCACAUCUUUGACAGGAAUGAGAGGGAGAUUUUGCGUAUCCAUCGUCCUUUCUCUUGGAUUUCGUCACGCAUACGUAUCUAUGACCCCACGGCACCUGGAGACUAUACACAAACAGACACACUUCAAGGUACCUCCGUACAAUCAGCCAUCAACCAGGCUUCGGCAGCUCAAGUCUCGCCUCUGCCUCUACAAGAAAUGCGUAUCAUCGGAGAAGCACAACAACAAUGGGCACCCCUCCGCCGCAAAUACAACCUCUUCAACUACCGUUCUCUCGCCCCUGCCUCCAACUCCACACCCGCUCUAACCUCCGGCGAUACCCCUAAUACCUCCACAACAGCCCUCGCCGUCUCCGAGCAGACCUCCGAACAAGCAAUAGAAGCAGGAAUGCAACAAUUCGCUUUCGUAAACGAACCCUUCCUGUCCUGGGACUUCUCCCUAAAAGACGCAGACGACCGUAAAAUCGGCAGUGUAAACCGCAAUUUCGUGGGCUUUGCGAGGGAGAUUUUCACAGACACUGGUGUCUAUGCUUUGCGUAUGGAUUCUGCGGAUGAAGAGGAGCCUAUGGCUAUGACAUUGGAUCAAAGAGCUGUCAUGCUGGCCACGGCAGUUUGUAUUGAUUUUGAUUAUUUCUCGAGGCAUAGUGGAGGCGUUGGUGGCAUGGGAGGUGGAUUUAUGCCACUAUGGUUCCCGGGCAUGGGAGGAGGUGCUGCGGAGGGUGGUGCUGUGGCUGGCGCGGCCGGGGAGGCUGGCGCUGCAGAGGGUGCUAUGGGUGGCGCUAUGGGUGGAGCUGCUAGAGGUGCUGCGGGGACUGAAGGCGCGAUUGCAGCUGGCGGCACUAUGGCUGGAGUGGAAGCUAUGAAUCGUGGCUAUGGUGGUCAGCAGGUCGACGAUGCUAGUCCUCAGGGUCCAGUGGAGCCAUUCCAGAAUGAUGGUGGUGUUGGUCCGUCACAAGGAGAUGCUUGGGGCGAGCAGAAUCCCUGGGGUCAAGCGCCUCAGCAACAGGAUGAUCCUUGGGGUCAGGCACCUCAGCAAAACGAUCCUUGGGGUAAUCAGGGCAGCGGUGAUGGAGGUUCUGGAGGCGAUGGUGGUGGUUUCGACUUUGACGAUUUCUUCUAG